GCGAUUAAGGGCUGUUCUAGAUCCAGGAUCUUUCCUCGUGCGGUUUCAUUAUUGUGCGUGAAUUAUCGUACGCACGCACGCACUCAUAGAGCAUAGACUAUCCGUCAUGUUACUCGCGAGAUAAUGUCGCGACUGCUGUUCGGCGUUCAGCCGAUUCAGCGGUCGCGAUCAAACGCUGGACUGAACAAGAACAAGAUCAACAUCAACAAGGUUAGGCACUCGCGAUUUAUAUCAAUCCUCGAUCGACGUGUCAGAUGCUAACGCAAAUGGCGGCCGCUGCCGAGGAGGAUGUGUCUGCACUCGGUGAGUGGGUCGACGAAUUGAGCGUUUCCGCGACGGAGGACGACAAAAAAGCGACGAAUAGGACCGAUAGCAAUGACGUUACAGCGAAGAACUGUGAGCCGCGACUCUGGGGCUUUGAGACGCGAGAGCUUUACAAAUUUGCACUCAACUUCUACAAAGAAAAAGAAGGCAAAGCUGUCCAUCUCUCUUAUGAGGAUAAAUUGAAAUUGGUAGCAUUCACGCAACAAGUGACACAUGGAAAAUACACAGCUGAAAAUGCACCAUCGUUAGGUGUCUUGGACAUGAUUGGAAGGGACAGGCGAGUGGCAUGGCAAAAUCUGGGAGAUAUAUCAAAAGAACAGGCAAUGGAAGGCUUUAUAAUAUUGCUGGAUAAACUAUGCCCUUUAUUCAGAACUGUAGUUGAGGCACAAAAAAGGAAUUUUGAAGAGAAACAACGGCUUAAGAGAGAAGAGGAGGCAAAGAAACAGGAAGAAGAAAAGAAACUUAAGGAGGUAGAGGAGGAGAAAAAGAAACAGGAAGAAGAAAGACUGAAGGAGGAAACUCAGAGGAGACAGAUUCAGGAUGCUUUGAAUCAGCAAACAUAUUAUCAGUUCAGAUUAUACGCUGAACAACAAUACCCCGGCAAUCCGGAGCAGCAGGGCGUUUUGAUCAGACAGUUGCAGGAGCAGCAUUAUCAUCAGUACAUGCAACAACUCCAUCAGAACCAGUUAGUUGUCGAGGACCAUAUUGAAGAGGAAGAAGAGGAGGAGAAGGAGAAGAAGAUGAAGAAGAAGAACGUCCAAUCAAAGAAUGUAACGUGCAAAGACGAUGAUGAUCACGAUGAUGAUGAUGAUGACAAGGAUAACACGAACGAAAACGUAAAUGAUGAAGAUUCGGACGAAGUGGAAGACUGGCCGCCCAUCAGUCCUGCAGAAAUGUGGACGAGAAAGGGCGUAGAGGAAUUUAAACAGAUCAUUAGAAAAGAAACAGGAGACGCGGUUAUUAAGGUCGGCCAUGGUGAGACUGUUACGGUGCGAGUACCAACGCACGAAGAUGGUACAUGUCUGUUUUGGGAGUUUGCUACGGAUGGUUAUGACAUUGGUUUCGGAGUUUAUUUCGAAUGGUCGAAACCAGAGACGAACCAGGUAUCUGUGUACAUAAGCGAGUCCGAGGAAGAUGAGGACGAAGAGGAGUAUGAACCGCGAGAAGAUCUAGAGAGCGGAUCGGUGAAUGGUAAUGCCCGACCUGAACGUAAAACGACCACACCACCUAUAAGCGUUAUAGUACCUAUAUAUAGGAGAGACUCUCAAGAGGAAAUUUACGCUGGAAGUCAUCAAUAUCCGGGCGAGGGGGUAUAUCUUCUAAAAUUCGACAACUCAUAUUCGCUUUGGCGGAGUAAAACACUUUAUUACCGAGUAUACUACACACGACAGGGUUUCACGAAGAAUAAUAAUUAAUCUUUAUGUUGCAUAUCGAAACGAGAUGUAUAACAAGUGUAUGUUGUUUCUUGAACGUUAGUCUUACAAUUAGUAUUAUCGUCUACUUAUCGAUAACGAUAGUCCAACUGAAUAAAGAAUCCUAUUUGUCCCUAUUUUAUUUGAUUCGCGCGAAAGCAACAAACCUCUUCAUAUGUAAAGAAAAUAUCUUUAUUAUAUGUAUAGUUAAGUACGAACAUGAUAAGUUUCAUAAAGUGGCAAAAGUAUAUGCGCGAGGAGGAAACGAAUUCUAAACUUUUCUCGAGAAGCAAAAAACUUCCAAGUGUAUCGUAAAUUAACGAUUGACAAUGACUCUUCGACGUGCAUAAUAUUGUGCAAUUCUAUGGCAAUUCUUUGACGCAGGCGACAUUCUCUUUUCAUAACUUUAAAUUUUUAAUAAUUCGUAUCGGCGCUCAAAUCUUUACAUAUGUAUACACACGAAAUGAUGUUCUCCGUUUUAGAGCGAAGAAUUAAGUAUACACACACGCAUGUUGUGUAUCUGUUUGUUCUAUGUGAAUAUUGGCUUGUAAAAUGUUUUUGCGACUUGAUAUACAAUAUAUUGUAUAGACUUUAUCACUUAGUGUUUGCUGUCAUGGCUUUUAUUAAAAUUAUUUUUUUUUAAAUACAACAUUGCA